CCGCAGCCAAUCCCAGGGCGGCGCUGUGCCGGGAGCGAGGAGGCUGUGGUGAGAGACGGACGGGGACCGGAGAUGUUUUCCAGCCUGGCCUCGGCGGCGUUCGUGGCGGUUGCAGCGGCGACGGAGGCGGCAGCGAAGGCGGCGCCGAGGCGCUGGUUCCGGGGAUAGGCCCUCCGCGCCGACUGCGCCGCCGGUCCGUGCGGGCGAAGGGGGCGUGGCGACGGCGGGGCGGCCGGAGGGGCGCGGUGUGGAGCCUGCGUCCCCGCCGGGCAGCGAGCUCUCAGCCCCGCGCUCUCGCGGCGCCGGCCCCGGAGCAAGAUCCAGGAUGAGAAGACUGAUGAAAGAAGCUAGCUGAACAGCUAUAAGAUGCCCAAAUCUGGGUUCACAAAACCAGUUCAGAGUGAAAAUUCUGACAGUGACAGCACUAUGGUAGAAAAACCAUAUGGAAGAAAGAGUAAAGACAAGAUAGCAUCUUAUAGCAAAACUCCAAAAAUUGAUCGAAGUGAUGUGGGGAAGGAAAUGAAAGAGAAAUCAUCCAUGAAACGUAAACUUCCUUUUACUAUUAGCCCAUCAAGAAAUGAAGAACGAGAUUCAGACACAGAUUCAGAUCCAGGACAUACAAGUGAAAAUUGGGGGGAGAGACUUAUAUCUUCUUACAGGACAUACUCAGAAAAAGAAGGUCCAGAAAAGAAGAAGACAAAGAAAGAAACUGGAAAUAAGAAGUCCACACCAGUUAGCAUUCUUUUUGGUUAUCCACUGUCAGAACGAAAACAAAUGGCACUUCUUAUGCAGAUGACAGCAAGAGAUAACAGUCCAGAAUCCACUCCAAAUCAUCCAUCACAAACAUCAGCCCAAAAGAAAACUCCUACUUCUUCAUCUCGGCAAAAAGAUAAAGUUAAUAAACGAAAUGAACGUGGUGAAACUCCUUUACACAUGGCAGCUAUUCGUGGAGAUGUGAAACAAGUCAAAGAAUUAAUAAGUUUAGGGGCAAAUGUGAAUGUUAAAGAUUUUGCAGGUUGGACACCACUGCAUGAAGCUUGCAACGUUGGGUAUUACGAUGUUGCUAAGAUACUUAUAGCAGCUGGAGCAGAUGUUAACACACAAGGAUUAGAUGAUGACACUCCACUUCAUGAUUCUGCAAGUAGUGGACACAGAGAUAUAGUGAAACUGUUACUUCGUCAUGGUGGAAAUCCGUUUCAAGCUAAUAAACAUGGGGAGCGCCCAGUGGAUGUAGCAGAAACAGAGGAGUUGGAGCUGCUGCUCAAAAGAGAGGUGCCUUUAUCUGACGAUGAUGAAAGUUACACAGAUUCUGAAGAACCUCGGUCUCUAAAUCCUUCCAGUGUUGAUGAAAAUAUUGACUCUGAGACAGAGAAGGACUCUCUCAUCUGUGAAAGUAAACAGAUACUUCCCAGUAAAGCACCUCUUCCAUCUGCCCUUGAUGAGUAUGAGUUCAAAGAUGAUGAUGAUGAAGAAAUAAAUAAAAUGAUUGAUGAUAGGCAUAUUCUUAGGAAAGAGCUACGAAGAGAGAGUGAAUCUGAAAUAGAAAAGAGUAGUUUAUUUUCAAAACAGGAAAAGACUUUCUAUGCUAAGUCAUUUAAAGGUAAAAAACAAAAACCAUCUAGGGUUCUGUAUUCAAGUUCUGAGAGUUCAGAUGAAGAAAUUGUACAGAAUAAAAAGGUCCCUGCUCCAUGCUCUGUUCCUGAAACAUCAAAUUCUGAUAUACAAAGCAAAAAGGAAUAUGGAGUUUCAAAUGAACACAAACAGAAGGGCAAAGUUAAAAGAAAAUUAAAGAACCAGAACAAAAAUAAAGAGAAUCAAGAGCUAAAGCAAGAAAAGGAGGGGAAAGAAAAUACUAGAGUAACAAACUUGACACUUAAUACCCCACUAGAUUGUUCAGAAAAGACCAGAGAGGAGACAAGUUUUAGAAAAUCUUACAGCCCAAAAGAUGACACUUCGUUGCAUUUAUUUCAUAUUUCCACUGGUAAAUCUCCAAAACAUUCUUGUGGACUAAGUGAAAAACAGUCAACACCACUAAAACAUGAACAUGCUAAAACAUGUUUAUCACCAGGAAGUUCUGAAAUGUCGUUACAGCCUGAUCUUGUUCGGUUUGAUAACACAGAAUCUGAAUUCUUGCCAGAAAGUUCAAAUGUAAAAUCUUGCAAGCAUAAGGAAAAAAACAAACAUCAGAAAGAUUUUCACUUGGAAUUUGGUGAAAAAGCAAAUGCCAAAGUAAAAGAUGAAGACCAUAGUCCAACAUUUGAAAAUUCAGAUUGCACACUGAAAAAAAUGGAUAAGGAAGGUAAAACAUUAAAAAAGCAUAAAUUGAAGCAUAAGGAAAGGGAAAAAGAAAAGCAUAAAAAAGAAAUUGAUGGUGAAAAGGAAAAAUACAAAAACAGGGAUGGUACUAAAGAGCUGCAGCGAAGUGUGGAAUUUGAUAGAGAAUUUUGGAAAGAGAAUUUUUUUAAAAGUGAUGAAACUGAAGACCUGUUUUUAAAUAUUGAACAUGAGUCCCUAAUGUUAGAAAAAAAAUCUAAAUUGGAGAAAAACUUAAAAGAUGAUAAAUCGUUCAAGGAAAAGCAUGUCUCAAAAGAGAGGAACUUUAAAGAAGAACGAGAAAAGAUUAAAAAGGAAAGUGAAAAAUCUUGUAGGGAAGAAAAAAUAAAAGACUUGAAAGAAGAGAGAGGAGAGGUUAUACCUAUAGAUAAAGAAACAGAAUUCAGUUCUGUAGGCAUGAAUGUCAAUGAAGAAUCUGUAGGGUUACAUGCAAUGGAAAAAGAAAUAGAAAUAGAAAAACAAGAGAAGCAUACAAAAGAAAGUAGGGAAAAAUCUGAAAAACGAUAUCAAAUGAAAGAAAAGGACAUUGAGAAAAGUGAAAGAAAAAAUUCAGAAAAAGAGAAAAAGAUAAAACAUGAACAUAAAUCAGAGAAUAAUGAGUGUAUUGAUAGAAUAAAAGAAAAGGAUAAGCUAUAUUCACAUCAUACAGAAAAAUGCCAUAAGGAAAGUGAGAGAAUAAAAAAUGUUACUGCUAUCAAAAAGAUUGAUGAUAGAGAGAGACUUCGAGAAAAGAUGGAUAGAAAACAUGACAAAGAAAAACCUGAAAAAGAAAAGCAUUUGAUGGAAAAAAAAAUUAAACAAUUAGAUAAUAGUGACUGUACUAAAAUAGAAAAAAGCAAAAAUAAAGAAAAAGAGAAGGAGGUAGAUAGAAAGGAGAAAUCUAAAGAUGUCAGUGUAAAUAACUCUAGACAUUUUCAGGAAGAGAAGAGGUCAAGCAUGACAGAUAGUAAUAAAGCACAACAUGAAAAAUUGUUAUCCCUUAAAGAUAAAACAAAAGAUGAACCUUUGAGAACCCCAGAUGGAAAAGAAAAAGAUAAAAAAGAUAAAGAUAUAGACAGAUACAAAGAGCGAGACAAACAUAAGGACAGAGUCCCACUAAAUAAUUUGCUCAAACUAAAAUCUGAAGUAGAUAAAUCUAAACUUAAGUCAUCAAAAGAUGACUCAAAAGCAUCAAAAGAUGCUCGACCUAAAGAAAAGAGGUUAGUGAAUGAUGAUUUAAUGCAAACAAGUUUUGAAAGAAUGCUAAGCCUUAAAGACCUGGAAAUAGAACAGUGGCAUAAAAAGCAUAAGGAAAAAAUAAAGCAAAAAGAAAAGGAACGGUUGAAAAAUCGUAGUUGUUUAGAACUUAAAGUAAAAGAUAAAGAAAAGUCAAAACAUGCACCAGCCGAGUCCAAAAAUAAGGAACUUGCUAGGUCAAGGAGUUCAGAGUUGACUGAUGUUUAUGCCAAGGAGAAGCCAUCUAAAGAUGCUCUAGGUAACAGAUCACAAUCUGUUGACAACAAAAAUAUCAAUUUAGUUAAGUCAUCUUUUGUUUCAGAAAAUAAUUUAAACAAAUCUCCUAGAUCAGAAGCUGAAAAGCCAGGUCUCAGCUCAAGGUCUGCAUCCAUGAUUUCAGUUGCUAGCUCAGAAGAUUCCUGCCAUACUACAAUGACAACCCCAAGGCCUCUAGUUGAGUAUGAUUCUGACUUUAUGUUAGAGGGCUCAGAUUCCCAAAUGUCCUUUUCCCACUCACCUUUUUUGCCAGUUGCCAAAUCUCCUGCCCUUCAUGAAAGGGAUAUGGAUAACCUGGCUGAACUGCCAGAGCGAAUUAAGCUACCCUACACCAGCAAACUUCCAACAUCCCAUCUCCGCUCAUCUUCUGUUGAAGAUGUUAAAGUAAUUAUAAGUGAGGGGAGACCUACCGUAGAGAUCCGACGAUGUAGCAUGCCAUCUGUCAUUUGUGAACAUACAAAACAGUUCCAAACAUUUUCAGAAGAAAGCAAUCAGGGUGGCUUAGCUGUGCCAAGAGAUAGUUGUCCUUCUCCCAAACCUGAGAUAUCCCCAAAUGUGCCUGAAAGAGAACUUUCAAGUAUAUCUAAUGUACAUUCCAGUUUUGCAGCCUCUCCACCUAGCUCAGUAAACAAAUAUAUUUUGGCUGAUACAAAUGUUAUUAAGAGUACUGCUUCAGUAGGUACUUUAAUGGACAGUCCUGUACAUUUAGAACCCUCUAACCAGGUUGGUGUAAUCCAAAAUAAGUCAUGGGAGAUACCUGUGGAUAGUUUGGAACCAUUAAGCACCAAUGAUUAUAUAAGCCCCAAUUCUAGUACUCUUGAUCAAGAUUCCUCUGUUCAGGGUUUUUGUAAUUCUGAAAACAAAGUAAUGAAAGAGCAGAACACUGAUUUUUUAUCCCUGCACCAGACUGACUUGCCAGGAAACUCUUGUGUUCAGGAUUCUGUGUCCUUUCUGCCUUCACGACAACCUUACUCUCUCCACAGCCAAUCACUUUCAGAUGCUGACUCUAUUUCUAAACAUAUGUCUAUGUCUUACGUUGUCAAUCAAGAUCCAGGCAUUUUACAGCAGAAAAAUGCAGUUCAAAUUAUCAGUUCUGUUUUAGAUACUGAUAAUGAAGGUACAAAGGAUACAGAAAAUGCUUUUGUUUUAACAGAUGUUCAGAAAACAGAUACCUUUGUUCCAAUGUACUCUGAAAGCACUCAAGAUGCAUCACCAAACUUUGAGAAGGCUGGUGCUUUACCUAUCUUACCGUCAGAAAAGGACUUUAAUGGAAGUGAUAACUCUUCCCAGCUUAAUACUCAUUAUGUAUUUAGCAAACUAAUAUUUAAGUCUUCCAGUGACCAUGAGGUCGAAAAUAGCACUUCUGAUAUUCAGGUUAUUUCACAUGAAAAGGAAAACAAAAUGGAGACUUUGGUUUUAACUCAUUUGAAUGAUAAGUGUGAUUCUGAUUUAUGUGACAUGAAUGUAGGGAUACCAAAAGGAAACCUGCAUGAACUGGAUCCUCCAAAACAUUGUCCUGAAAGUGAAAAGGGUUUGCUUUCCGUUGAAGAUGAAGAGUCUCAGCAAAGCACUUUAUCAAGUCUGGAAAACCAUUCACAGCAAUCAGCACAACCUGAAAUGCAUAAAUACAGUCAGUUAGUUAAAGUAGAACUAGAAGAAAAUGGUGACGAUGAUAAAAAUGAAAGUCAGACCCCUCAAAGGAUGACUAGAAACAAAGCAAAUACAAUAGCAAAUCAAAGCAAACAAAUUCUUCCUAGCUGUACGAUACUACCUGAAAAAGAUAGUGAAUCUUCCUCACCUAGGGGAAGAAUAAGACUAACUGAAGAGGACGAUCCUCAGAUUCACCACCCACGAAAAAGGAAAGUAUCACGUGUACCUCAGCCUGUGCAAGUGAGUCCCUCUUUGUUACAAGCAAAAGAGAAAACUCAGCAGUCUCUGGCAGCCAUUGUAGAUUCUCUAAAACUAGAUGAGAUUCAGCCAUACAGUUCAGAGAGAGCAAAUCCAUAUUUUGAAUAUUUGCACAUAAGAAAAAAGAUAGAAGAAAAGCGAAAAUUGUUAUGUAGUGUUAUUCCACAAGCGCCUCAGUAUUAUGAUGAAUAUGUGACAUUUAAUGGAUCAUAUCUCCUGGAUGGAAACCCCUUAAGCAAGAUUUGCAUUCCCACAAUUACACCACCACCUUCACUGUCAGAUCCACUUAAAGAACUUUUUCGACAACAGGAAGUUGUAAGGAUGAAACUACGUCUACAGCACAGUAUUGAAAGGGAAAAACUCAUUGUAUCCAAUGAACAGGAAGUUUUACGAGUUCAUUACAGAGCUGCAAGAACAUUGGCAAAUCAAACCUUGCCGUUUAGUGCAUGCACUGUUUUACUGGAUGCAGAAGUGUACAGUGUGCCAUUGGACGCUCAGUCUGAUGACAGUAAAACUUCCGUGAGGGAUCGCUUUAAUGCAAGGCAGUUCAUGUCUUGGUUACAAGAUGUGGAUGAUAAAUUUGACAAAUUAAAGACGUGUCUUUUAAUGAGGCAACAACAUGAAGCUGCAGCUCUAAAUGCCGUCCAGAGAUUAGAAUGGCAGCUAAAACUCCAAGAACUUGAUCCUGCCACCUAUAAAUCUAUCAGCAUUUAUGAAAUCCAGGAGUUUUAUGUUCCCCUUGUCGAUGUUAAUGAUGACUUUGAGUUGACUCCUAUAUAGAGGUCAUUACUUCAGUGUGUCCUCUUAAACUGAUGAGGCUCAAGAGUGUUAUACUGUGGAAUACUGUCUUGUGACAAAAUCAUUGUUAUUAUGCCUUUAAAAUUGUUAGUAAAUUUCAACUGAAGUUGGUAAUGUAGUAAACACUGUUGUUUUAUAAGAAAUGGAAGGAAUUAUUUUGGAUCCUAGAUCCAAAGAGUUUCUAACUGAAACGAUUAUUUAUAUUGAUGAGAAGUAACCAUUCCUUUAGAGCAGUGUUUCUCAACCAGGAGCCACUAUACACAGACUCCCUGUGAGCCUCCAGGAUAGUCCAGUUCAGCACAGGCAAAAAAAAAGUGUAAAUGGGAACACAAGACUAGAGGGCCAGAGGAAGGAAAGAGGUCAGAAGGGGCGCCCCCGACGGAGGCUGAGAAACACUGCUUUAGAACAUGUUGCCAGACUGUGGGAGAGAUUUAGAAAGUUGAGAAUUGACUAACAGCGCUGGAAGCUGUUGCAUUCCAACUAACAAGAUAACCACUAGUAUUCAGCUCUCCAAGCUUUACUAAAAUACAUCCAUAAACUAAAAGAUCCAGUUCCUACCAAAUAGUUUCUAAUAUAGAAAAAACUUGGCACAAAAUUUCUUCAGUUUGUUAUCUGUAAAUUGAUUGUACAGUUUUCUUUUCAGAGUUUUAAUACUCUUCCUUUUUAAUAACUUAUUUUAUACAUAUUGUGCAGAUGUAAAUCUUGUAAUUAAUGGUCAGAUGUACACAAAGGGAUUGAUUGGUAGUCAAAACAUGUACAAAGAAAUAAUUAUAAAACUGUUUGUCUAUGUUUUAUUGGACCAAAGUUGUAAUUUGUAUGGAGUGUCGUAUUAGUGUGUUCUGGAAACAAAACUUUUAAAUAAGGCAUGCAUGUGUUUGAGUUAGCUUGUUUUCAUCACCAUAUCUGUAAAGACUGUGAGUUGUAUUGCAUGCGCCCUAUAAUUUAAUUCUCUUCAUAACUGAUGCCGAAAGGUAGUGUAAGGUGUUUCAUACUAGUCUUGGGAUUGUUCCUGUGACUUAAAAUGUUGGACAUAUUAUUUAGAAUUAGUUAUUCAAAGAAAAGCUCUUUUCAUCUCACAAUAGAGCCUAUAUAACACCCCCCAAAAAAUGCCUUUGAAAAUUCUGAAAUUGUAAAUGUCUAUUUUAAUACUCAACUAUGAAAGAAUCUGUGAAUAUAUGUAAAUAUGUUUAAUAAAUUUUAUUGGUCAUGUUAAAUCAUUGUAAAACUUUUUUACAUUGCUUAAAUAUAAUGUUUUAAGCUUAAUUGCCUUUGCACUUUUAAAAUAAAAACUGAGUACUCAAAAGAGAUACUUGGUAGUCUAAGGAAAUUUAGGUGUAUUCUGAUCAAUGCAGAUAAAAUCUCUGCAGUAUUGAUGAAACUUUAUUAUGUUGUAUUUUUUCCUUGUAUCAAGAUGCAAAACAUAAUUUUCAAAAUUUUAUAAUUUAAGAUUUGGUGUGCUGCUCUUAAUUAUUAGCAGUCUGCCUAGGAAUAUUCCAUUUUCUCCUUAAUGUGAUAUAGAUUAAAUAUUCAGGAAUAUUUUAGAUCUGAAACUGCUGCUGAAAUUAAACAUUUUUCAAAGAAAAAUUAGGUUAGUAUGAAGUUGACCAUAAGUAUAUGGGAAAAAAAUAUUACAGAACUUUCCAAAUAUACUUUCUUAAAUUAUUGAAUUAUAAAAUACUGAAUUUUUUUAUUCAGAUAGAGAAAAGCAAAAAGAAUCACUAGGAACAAAGUGUAAUUUAAAUUUUUCUUGUAAGUUGAAAAUCCCAGGUAAUGGGAGAGAAUGUAAAAUUUGAAGUUUUAGAGUGCAAAGGUUUAUAUUAAGCUUAGGGAUUUUUGAAUUUUUACAUCAAUUUAUAUUUUAACUCAUACUGUACUUGGCAUGCGCAAUAAAGCCGCACGUGUUAAAAAUACACAGUGCAAGGAUUUUAUUAUAAAAGUUGGCUGUAGUAUUCUUUAGAAAUUUAGGUGAAAGAUUUUGGCCUUUUUUUAUUGGAUAAAAUGUGGCCAAGAAAGGCAGGGUAGAUUUUGAAGCACUGGUUUUGUUGAAGUUAAGUUUAUUAUUAAAGUUGGGGACAUUAAAACCUGAUUUAUAAAAGCAAUACUUUUAAUAUGAAAAACAAUGCAAAUUUUAUUUGUACUUUUGCCUGAAUAUAUAAAGGUUAUUGAGCCUUGAAGGUACAGAAAAUAUGAGAAGGGUAAGUUUAUAGCAUUUUGUUCUGAUGAUCCAACCAGAAAAGGGGUGGCAGGGGAGAGGGCAGUCAAUGUUUGGCCAAACAUAACAAGUUUGGAAGAGGAAAAGCAAGCAAGCUAGAAUCUGGAAUAUUACAGUGUGUCAUACCAGUUUAUUAACCCCAGUCCACAACCUCUUUAGUGGUACCUCAAGGAACUGGAGUCUGUCACGAUUCUGCUUUCCUUUAUAAAGUGGCUCAAAGCUGAUUAGAUAGCUUAA